AUGAAGAUGCUAAUGCUGACUGUGGGGCUGGCCUUGAUCUGUGGCCUCCAAUCCCUGAAUAACAAUUUGGGAGAUCUAUCAAAAGUUACUGGAGAGUGGUUCACUGUUGCUUUGGCCUCCAAUGUGACAUCUAAGAUUGAAAAAGGAGGGAGUUUGGAGAUUUUUAUCAAAAAUGUCAGUGAAAACAAUGGCGAUCUUACUGGAGUCUUCUUCAGAAAGGAAAAUGGCAAAUGCAUUCAAUUUUCAUUGACUUCUUUCAGAGGAGAUGAUGGUCAAUUUUAUGUACAAUAUGAUGGACUUAAUGAUUUCUCAGUGCAAAGUGUGGACACUAAACAUGUCACGUAUAUCUGUCAUAAUUUCAACAAUAAGAAGGUGACCACUUGGGCAGAACUCUUUGGCCGGACUCCAGACCUGUCAGAUGAAAUAAAGAAGAAAUUUGAGGAAAUGUGUAAAAAAUUUGGAAUUAGGAAGGAUCAAAUUAGAUAUUUUUCUAAUGAUGCUGUCAGUAGUGAUUCUGCCUUGAAAUACAUGGGUCUCUCUUCCUUGUUGCCAGAGGUCAUCAACCUUAAAGUUCCUUUCUGCUCUGAGCUGUUCAACUUGACUGAUUCCUUGACUGACCCAGGUAGGCAUGAAUUCCAUGUGGAAGAUGUCGAUCCAGAAGAUUACUUCCUGAUUUCUACAAUUAAUGAGUUUGACAAAAAGAUCUUAGGGGUGGAGCUCUAUAGCCGGCGUAAAGAUGGGACCUUGAAUGAAAUUAUAAAAAAUAAAUUUGAGAAAAUCUGUCAGUCAUAUGGACUUAUAAAUGAUAGUUCCAUUGACCUGACCACUACUGAUCGAUGUUUCCUCAAUGAAAAGUAG